AUGAAGGACACAAGACCUUUCCCAGUAGAUGGCUCCACCCAGUCCUAUUGGCAGUAUGAAGGACAACAUAAUGGCCUACCAGAGAAGCUUAAGCAGAAUAACAUCGAUUUUCCGGACAUCUGUGAUGUGGCAAUCGUUGGUGGUGGUUAUGCUGGCAUCGCGACAGCAUACCAUUUGCUGAAGUCCACCUCACCGCCACCCCGCGUAGUGCUCCUAGAGGGAAGAGAGCCAUGUUUAGGGGCCACUGGGCGUAACGGAGGGCAUCUACGUCCCGAUUACUUCAUGGCGGCUGCAAAGAGUUCUGAGAGAUACGGCGCAGCCGCGGCUUCUGAAGUUGUGCAAUUCGAAGUCAAUCAUCUUAGCGCCAUCAAGUCCUUGAUCGAGUCCGAGGACAUCGACUGUGAUUUCAAUGAGACGGUCAGUCUCUGCGUCUUCACAAAGCCGGAACAGGCUGUCUUUGCUCGCGAGGUAUACGACAAAUUACAGCAGGAACCAUCUUUCGACGAGGCUCUUUUGAAUCGGGUAGAUUUCUACACUGGAGUGGACGCACCUCAUCGAACAGGUGUUAUAGAAGCCAAAGGCUACUUUUCUACGCCAGCAGCACAUUUUUCACCCUACAAACUCUUCACGGCUCUGUUAGCGUGCUGCAUGGAUCUAGGCCUCUGCCUUCGGACCAGUACUACCGUUGAGUCAGUUGAGAAAUCCAAGGGAGACGACCAUAUCCUUACGACACUCCUAGGAGAUACACUGUCAGCUAAAAAAGUUGUCAUUGCGGCAAAUGCAUACACAUCAGCACUGCUACCUGAGUACACCACUGCCAUAGUUCCUUGCAAGGGCUUGGUAUGUCACAUUACUGGCCCGGAAGACAGAGUAUUAUCCAAACUCCCCGCCUCGAGUUUUGCCAUAAUGGAGCAGGAUCCAAUUUCAAAUGCAACCGGCUACAAUUACAUGCUGCAACUUGCCGACAACAGCAUCGUCGUCGGCGGGGCUCAUCAUAAAUAUGAUACGAAUGAUCUUGGUAGUUGGUACCAUAAUUUUGAUGACACGCAGCUCAUUACCCCGGCACAAUCAUACUUUGAAGAUAAAUUUAUGCAGCGAUCCUUCAUUGGUUGGGAAGAUUCCCAGGCACACGUAGACCGAGUUUGGACAGGAAUAAUGGGCUACAGUACUGACUCGCUGCCACAUGUGGGUGAGGUUCCUGAUAGGCAAGGCGUAUUUGUAAUUGCAGGAUUCCACGGGCAUGGAAUGCCCGUCAUUUUCCUGGCUGCGAAAGGGGUCGCUGCUCUAAUUGAUCAAGGGACUCCAUACAAUAAGACCGGACUCCCAUCUAUCUUUAAGAUCUCAAGGGACAGACUUGAAACUCAACUGAACGACAUACUUGCUGGAAGGGGAAUUGUUUCCAACAAAAAGCUGAUUUAG